AUGAGUGACCGAGUGCAUCGGUUAGUGGUAGGACUUGGGCCGCACCUGAUUAAUGAGUGUUUCACGGCUGCUCUGCUCGAUAGUAUGGAUAUUUCCUGCAUCAAGGCUUAUGCUCAGAAUUUGGAGGAUCGAAAAUGGCAGCAAUACGAGAAUCGUGAUAAGGGUCAGCAUAAGAAGAAUCGGAGAGAUUCAGCAUAUAUGAGGGCGCCUCCUCCGCGUUGCAGUCAAUGCGGUAGAUCUCAUUCUGGACAAUGUCGUCAGGGAUCUAAUGUAUGCUAUACCUAUGGAGACCCUAGUCAUUACAUGAGGGAUUGUCCUAUGAAGGACGGAGGCAGGAUGGUUCAGCCCACUAGAUCUAUAUCAGUCUCCUCUUCUUUAGUACGCCCUCUAGAGCGAGGCCCUCAGGCAUCAGCUGGUAGAGGUAGAGGCAGGGGUGGAGCAUCUAGCUCCGACUGUAGUUAG